CUCAUCCAUAGGUAUCUUCUAAACUGGAACAUGAACCUUCUGAACUACAGCAUUGAAUUGAAUUCCUGUCUUCAGUUUCUCUACUUCUUCGAGCUUUUUACUUGUAAUCGCUCCAAGUUUAUAGCUCGACAGACAGUUUUUGGGAUAAAAACCUCCGAGAUACUUGUUCUAGUCUUGUUUCUCACCAUCUUUUAGAAUUCAACUCACAUCUUUUUCCAAUUUCAGUACUUGCUCAAGCCAACCAGAAACUUGGAUGGUACGCUUCAUCUGUGGUUCCUCUUCAUUUUCGACCCUUUGCUUCACUUCUUCAUAAGUUUCCUUCAGUUGCACCACUGCAUCUUUUAAGGAGUCCAGCUUGUCUUCCAGAUUGCAAACCUUGUCCACAGGACUUGACACAAAAUUCCAUAAGCACAAACCAACGUCUUUAAUGAUUGAAUACACCAAAGUCGUUAUCGCCGCCGUUGGUUUGUCUGUAAAAACAUAUUCAAAUGAAAAUAAAAAAUCAGCUAAAAGGAGAAAAUGUGGGAAAAAGAUAAAGUAAAGUUAUUUGUAACAAGUAUAUGUUUAAAUAAUUAAAUUUAUCAUAUUCUAGUAAUUUAAGCUUGUGGACAACAUUAACUUAACAUGAGAAUAGAGCACUGACUAAUAACUCUCCCAAGUAGGAGCUUUCUCUCACACAUUCCGUGUGGAUUCUUCCUCCACCUCUAUGUGGUCUCCACCAUCUGUGGGUGGGUUUCUCCACCACUGUGUGGACUUUUCUCCACCAUUACGUGUGGGUCUUCUCUACCCGUUCUUUUUGUGGUCACUUUACUAUUUUUCUGAAAAUCCCUAAAUCUAAAUCCCAAAAUCUCAGUUACAUAUCAACCAUCCACCAUCCUAUAUCUUUCUCAAUUGUCGCUUAUCUUGUCUACUGGUUUUAGUGCGGGCAACACUAGGGAAGAAACUCAAUCAUUGGAUUCAGCAAGGAAGUGGGUCGGCAUCUGAUUAAACAAAUCCCGGUUUUCAUUUUAGAGGUUUUCUCUCUCGCCGAAUGAGCAAAGUUCUUCUGGAGAGUGGGUCUUCUUGGUCUGGGUGGGUUUUGAUCUAUUGUUGAUCGAUACUCGAUGGCUUUUCUGUCUGAUGCAGCUGCUGCAAAGAUCAUUUGUAGGGCGAUUCACUGGCAUUUAAGGGUAAUUCUGAAUUUGGCGUGAUUUGGCCAGAGGCAGUGAGUUGUUUUUAUGAUUUGUAUUUCUUUAUUGCUUCUAGGGUCUGAAAUUUGGGAUUAUCUCUUUGUUUGGUUCUGUUUGGAUGUUUUGCUUGUUUCAAUGGGCAUUUUUACUCCUGGUUGGAUAUGCUUUGUAUAGACUAAGAUAUGAAAAAUACAGAAAGGUCACACCACUGAAAACAAUGAAUUCCCUUUGUUGGAACUGUUGGGGAAUUGGGAACCUCCAGACAGUUUAUACGCUUCGCGAUUAUGUGCAACGCUGGAAUCCUAAUUUAGUUUUCCUUUCGGAAACUAAAUCAAAAUGCAGACGUAUGGAAAAAAUAAAAUUCAAACUUGGUUUUACAAAUGGAUUAUCUGUAUCGAGUAGGGGCCGAAGUGGAGGGCUUGCUCUUCUUUGGUCCAGUGACACAAAGCUGGAGAUUAAGAGCUAUUCUAACCAUCACAUUGAUGCGAUAAUUACAGAGGCAGACACUGUUCUUGUUUGGAAAUUCCCCGGGUUUUAUGGAAACCUGAAGACCCACCUCAGGGAAGAAUCCUGGAAACUCCUCUCCUAUUUUCAUAGUCAAUUUAAUUUACCUUGGUUUUGCUGUGGUGAUUUUAAUGAAAUCCUUUCAAUGACUGAAAAAGCAGGUGGAGCUCAACAUUCCCAAAAUCAAAUGGAUGGCUUUCGUCUAAUUGUAAAUCACUGUGGCUUUAAGGACCUAGGAUACUGUGGCCCAGAUUAUACUUGGUGUAACAUGAAGGAAGGGAGUAAUAGGAUUUCGCUUCGCCUUGACAGAGCUUUUGCUACUAAUGAAUGGCUCGGACAUUUCAAGGACCCUACUGUUCACCAUUUGGCUAAAUCCACAUCCGACCACUACAUUCUUGCCAUCACAGACUCUCCUCCUCCAUCCCGUAGAGGUAAACGUCGUUUCCAUUUCGAAGUUAUGUGGGUCAAAAGGGAGGAUUGUCAUGAUGUGAUUGAGGCUGCAUGGCACUCCGAUACUCUCUCUGUCACUCCUGAAGGGGUUGCUUCAAAUCUCCAAAAAUGUGCAAGUGUGUUGGUAAGCUGGAAUCAGAAUGUAGUAGGCAAUAUUCCAAAGAAAAUAGCUGAGAAAAGAAAAGCUCUUAACUCCAUUACAACUAUUGAUCAGCAAGGCAGCAAAUGGGCUAAAAUUAAUCAGCUUAAAAAGGAAAUAAAUGACCUUCUGGACAGUGAGGAGACCAUUUGGCGACAACGUAGCAAAGUCCAUUGGUAUAAGGAAGGUGACAAAAAUACGAAAUUUUUUCACGCCCAUGCUUCGGAGAGGAGGAAGAAGAAUUCCAUUUUGGGGCUUUGGAAUGAGGAUGGUGUUUGGUGUGAAAGUAAGGAAAGUAUCACAGCCACUGCUAUAGCUUAUUUUGAGAAAAUCUACACUACAUCUUCUCCCACCGGAAUCAAUGAAGUCACUAAUGCAAUCCCUAGGCGUAUCACAGAUGAAAUGAACUCUAAGCUCACCAAAACUUUCACAAGUGAGAAAGUCUUGAAGGCACUUCAGCAGCUCUACCCCACCAAAGCACCUGAGCCUGACGUGCUAAGAAGAGCAAUGGAAGGGUGCAUCCACUAAUCAAGUUUUCAGUUCAAAAUUCGUCCCUUGGUAAGUCAAAAAAUUGUUCAAAUUCUGAUCCUUAGCUUAAACUCUUUGUGCUCCUCUAAACAGUAUGCUAACGCCUCUGAUUUUUCCCAAAAGUGCUUAAUUUUCGAUGUAAAUUCCUUUCACAAUUGAGAGUUGACUAAGUCUUGACAGAAACUAUUGAGCUUAUUGUUGGAAUUUUGGCCAGUUUUGAGUUUAUUCAUUGACAAAAUUGGACUUUUCUUCAAAUGAAAUUAAGACAGUAAAGAAAUUGAUGCUUCAAUCAAGUAGCUGUGAGUUGUGACUUUUUUCUUUUCUCCAGAAAUAGUAGUUGGAACUUGAUACCUUUAACUAAAAUUGGUUUGAAUUUGAUUAAUUUAAGAUUUGACUGCUGAUACUAAGGUUAGGCCAUUUUGGGGUUUCAAUGU